AUGCAUACUCCCAUCUCCAUCUCCGUCCUCGCCCUCGCCUCGACUCUCGUCCUGGUCGUCGCCCAGACUAGCAACACCACGGGACCCGUCACAGGGAUUCGAGGUAACGCAACCGUCGUCGAGAACAACCCCGUCGGAAAGGUCUAUACUGCCGUCUUACCUGAGCAGCAGUUCAACAACCCCCAAGAUCCACGAGGCAAUGUCAUAGGCUCCAUCUCUGCGACGGCCAACCCAGAUGGUCACGGAGUCAGCUUCACUGUCCAAUUUGAGAACCUGCCAACAUCUGGUGGUCCAUUCCUCUACCAUAUCCACGAUGAUCCGGUCCCCUCUGAUGGCAACUGCAACAAGACUCUGGCGCAUGCCGACCCGUUCAUCCGCGGCGAGACUCCACCCUGCGAUGCCUCCCUCCCUCAGACCUGCCAAACCGGUGAUCUCUCGGGCAAGUACGGCAAGAUUACAUCGGACCCCUUCACCGCAACCUACAAGGACGACUUCGCCUCCACUGUGGAGGGCAUCGGCGCCUUCUUCGGAAAUCGCUCCUUCGUGAUCCACUUCGCAAACAAGACCCGAAUCACAUGUGCCAACUUCGCCCUCGCCGCCACAAACACCACCACCAACACCACCAUCACCACCACUCCCAGCGCGGUCCCAUACCCAACCGGCGGCUCACCAACCUCACCGACGGUUAUCGGCACAGCCAACGCCAGCACGGGCGCCAUUUCUCUUCUCCUGUCCCUGACAGCUGUCUUCGGACUCUUCUUCGCAUUGCGGGCGUUAAAAUGGCACUCUAAUGGACCUGGCGGAAUCUGGAUCGAGGGAGAAUGGGGAUGCGUAAUGGACGGUGAGCAACUGGAGGGGGCGAUGGUGCAUGCAUACAAACAGAUGUAA